UGGGUGCCUCCCCGUGGUAGAGCUGUGGGCGCAUCCCAUCUGUGCGGCUGAAGGCAUGUGAGAGUCAGGCAGCAGCCUAUCAGGAGCCGAGGAGAGCAGGGCACAGUAUAAGAGCGGGCCAGUGGCUGUUCCUGGAAGACCUUGAGAGCUGCUGCAGGUCACAGGCUGCUAACUCCGCGCUAAAUCAUGUGACAAUGGGGGGCUGCUAGGGAGGAAGGACCCCCUUUCGCCGUUGAGCUGCUGACGCGAAGGGGCAGCGGGGGUCGAUAGCUCCAGUGCUUGGGGCUUUGGGCUGAGCCUGCUGCCGGCUCGGAUGCUGAUGCUGAGGAACUAGUGGCGGCUGCCGUUGCUGGUGCCGGGUUUGAGGGCUGCACCAGGCGAUAAAUAUUCAGCGGCACCUGCAGAGACAUGUCUAGGAAUUCCUACCCCAAGAACGGCAUCUCCGAGUCGCUGCACACACCGAUCUUCCAGGUUUCCCGUGGGACGACUUCCAGAAGAAGUAGGCUGAAGAGAUCCGACGGCAGCACCACUUCCACCAGCUUCAUCCUCAGGCAGGGUUCAGCAGAUUCCUACACAAGCAGACCAUCCGAUUCUGAUGUCUCUCUGGAAGAGGACAGGGAAGCAAUUCGCCAAGAGAAAGAACAGCAGGCUGCAGUCCAGCUUGAGAGAGCCAAAACAAAGCCGGUGGCAUUCGCUGUGAGGACGAAUGUGAGUUACUGCGGAGCAUUGGAUGAAGAUGUCCCUGUGCCAAGCACUGCCAUAUCGUUCGAUGCCAAGGACUUUUUACAUAUUAAAGAGAAAUACAACAAUGACUGGUGGAUAGGAAGGCUGGUGAAAGAAGGAUGUGAGAUUGGGUUCAUUCCGAGCCCCCAGAGAUUGGACUAUAUCAGAGUUCAGCAGGAGCAGAAGAGAGGACGCUCACAUGGAGGUAAAUCAAGUGGAAAUUCUUCUUCCAGUCUUGGGGAAAUGGUAUCAGGGACAUUCCGAGCAACCCCUCCAUCUGCUGCCAAACAGAAGCAAAAAGUGACUGAACUUGUUCCACCUUAUGAUGUAGUGCCAUCCAUGCGACCUGUCGUGUUAGUGGGCCCAUCUCUGAAAGGUUACGAGGUGACUGACAUGAUGCAGAAAGCCCUAUUUGACUUCUUGAAGCACAGGUUUGACGGGAGGAUAUCAAUAACUAGAGUGACAGCUGAUAUUUCUCUCGCUAAAAGGUCGGUGUUAAAUAACCCAAGCAAGAAGCUGAUAAUUGAACGUUCAAACACAAGAUCUAGUUUGGCUGAAGUGCAAAGCGAAAUUGAAAGAAUUUUUGAGUUGGCCCGAUCUUUACAGCUGGUUAUAUUAGAUGCAGAUACCAUUAAUCAUCCGGCACAACUAAUCAAGACGUCGUUAGCGCCGAUUAUUGUACAUGUCAAGGUUUCAUCUCCAAAGGUACUACAGAGGCUCAUUAAAUCCAGAGGCAAAUCCCAAAGUAAGCAUCUGAAUGUUCAGUUAGUUGCUGCGGAUAAGCUUGCACAGUGCCCUCCAGAAAUGUUUGAUGUCAUUUUGGAUGAGAAUCAGUUAGAAGAUGCAUGUGAACAUUUGGCAGAAUAUCUUGAAGCAUAUUGGAGAGCUACUCACACCACAAGCGCCACACCCAUGACUCCGCUUCUAGGAAGAAAUCUGGGAUCAACAGCACUUACAUCUUACCCAACAGCUAUCUCCGGUUUACAGAGCCAACGUAUGAGACACAGCAAUCAUUCGACUGAAAACUCUCCAAUAGAGAGAAGAAGUUUAAUGACGUCUGAUGAAAAUUAUCACAACGAAAGGGCUCGGAAGAGCAGGAACCGCUUGUCUUCCAGUUCCCAACACAGUCGUGACCAUUACCCACUUGUGGAAGAAGAGUUCUCUGACUCGUAUCAGGACACUUACAAGCCUCACCGGAACCGUGGUUCACCUGGUGGAUAUAGCCAUGAUUCUAGGCAUAGGCUUUGAGUCACAGAAAAUGAACAAAAGAAGUGGUCAUCAACCCAUUUGCUGUCCAUUGAACCUACAGUGCAACCAGUAGUUCUGAUAUGCAUUGCAGGUUAAAAGACUGCAUUGGGGGUGAUGUAACGUGCCACCACAUAUGGUAGAUAGAAUAUACAAAUCACUUUGUUUUGCCAGUUGUUACACAAGUGUCAUCUGAUGCUGUAUCACAGGCAAAAUAGUAACCAUACCCAUAUGUAUACGUGUAGGUAAACUUUAUUGUGCCCUAUCCACAGAUAUUUUACUAGAACAUUAACAUUAUGGCAGUAUCUGUUUCCAUAGAGUAUUACACACAUCUAUUUGUAAUCUAGGGUACUCGUCAAGGCGCGUAUAUGUACAAUUUCCUGCACUGGAAAUUCCAAAUGAACAGUUCCAGUUGGAACCAAUUUAUAAGCCAAUUCCUUUUGGAAUUUGGGUUAAUUGACUGGAAAGUCUAUUUGAGCAUGUUGCAUUCACUUAAAUAUAAUUAUUAUGUCGAAAGGUUUGGGGGGAGGGGUUAAAAAAAAUAGAAGACGCAAAAGGAAAAAAAAAAGUAGCAAUUUUUUAUUUGAAUUUAGUAUUACAAUUUUUCCUUUGCAGGCUGUAGAAUAUAAGGCUGAAGAAAAUCAUUGGAAACAAUUUAAUUUUACAGUGCUCUAAUGUUGAGUUUUAAACGGAACUGAAUUUAGGUAAACUGACACUCAGAAAUACAAAAAAAAUGUAUAAUUACUGAUGGUGGAUUUCUUUACAAGGCUAAGGCAUUUGACAUGUGUUUUUGUUGGAUGACGAUAUUACAGAAGGUUAUUUUGCCAUCGAAUAUCUUUUCUUUUUUUUCUAGUAAGAUCAAAGAACAAUUUGAAAUAAGUUUUGAAAUUCUCAGCAUCGAUACCAUUCUCUAAUGACCAAAUAACUCAAUAGUUACAAUCCGGAAGAUGAAUUUUAUAGAAUACUGAGCCAUAAAUCGACACAAAUACUAAACUAUGCUAAAUUGCAGGAAAAAACACUGUUGGUUUUUGAAGCCAUUUACAGUUGCAUGCAAAAGAAAAGGUGAUUUUUAAAUUAGGAUCAUUAUAAGGUAAUUUUCCAGGGUUUCAAUGUAACAUUACUUUAUUUUGAUGUUCAUAUACUAUUAUUAUUAUGGCUGACUUUAACAUGUACUUUAGUAAGUACCAUGUCCUCCAUCACAAUAAUGAUUGGCUAACGUAUAUAAGAAAUCAUCCCAUUUUCCUUUUAGAAUUUAGACAUUACUAAUACACUAUGAAAUGUGGGGCAUAUCUUGAGCAGAUGAGAGAGCAGGUGGAUAAAUUCCUGUAAUUUAGGGCUUUCUGGAUAUAGGGUUUCUGUGUGAAAGAUCCAAUAUCUCUACCUAAAUGGCUCAUGACAAAAUGUAACAUACACACUAGCAAUGAGAUUGGGUAAAGCCUUCACCUAUACACAGGGCCGCCAUCAGGGAGGGGGAGAGUUGUAGGGGGCCCGGCCACGCCGCACUUACUUGAUUAGCCUGAACCCCCUGCUUUCAGAGAGCUGCCGACUUCGGGAAGACGGGGGCGGGAGCACAGGGGUAUCUUUUGUCCAUUACUUUCCCUUAUUGGUCACAGAGUUGUCCUGGUUAAGCUGUUUGGGGAUUGGAUUGCUGAGGUUUGAACUUCCCCUCCAGCUCAUCCAAUCACCAUGCAGCUUUACCGGUACUUGAAAUUCUGUGACCAAUAAGGGAAGAAAACGUUGUCACUGGAAGAAGAUGCAGCCACCUGUGCUCCCCUCAUCCCUUCUGUAGUUGGCAGCUCACUUACAGCAGGUGGGCCAAGCAUGGUAGGGCCCCCCUAAAGGUAACCCUUUGUGAUCUAUGUUGCGUGGUGGGGCCCUUGGUAUCAUUUUUUUUAAACUUCUGGGGGGGUCAAGUUUUUACAUGGACUUUUAAGGGGGGCCCUGGCCACCAAUCAUCUUAUAACGUGGUGGAGCCCUCUUCACCAAUUUUUUUUUCUUACCAUGUGGGGUCCUAGCCACCAUUAUUUUUUAAUGGGGGGCCCUGACCACAAAUGUUUUUUUAUGGGGGCCCUGACCACAAAUGGUUUUUUUAUUGGGGGGCCCUGACCACCAAUAUUAUUUUUUAUUAACAUGUGGGAGCCCCAGCCACCAAUGGGGGGUGGACCUAUAGGUGGGGCUUGCGGUGGGCACAGCCCAGGGGGCCCAGGAAAUUUUGUUGUAUGGUGCCCUGACAUUUCUGAUGGCGGCCCUGCCUAUACAUAUAAAAAGCAAGAACAGUGACAAAAAAUAAAUAAAAAAUUGACUCCCAGCCUACCCAACAGACAUUGUACAAUAAAACUUCUUUGGUCAAAUCCUCACAAUAGAACCCCCAGCAUAAACCACAUAACAAACCCCUUACCCUAAACCAAUCUCAAUACAACCUACAAUUCUCCAUCCCAUAACAGAACCGAUGCAGCAUAUUCAACCCUCAUAGUGCUCAACAUAUGUAAUGAUAAAUGUAUUACAUCUGAGUUUAGUUGUUUUCUUGUUUUUUGAUUAUGUGGGAAGAAGGCAAAAACUAAUCUCCAAAUAUGUAGGAAUAUGCUAAAAUAGACUGUACCCAACAUAUACUCAAUAAUUCUAUAUAUUUUUCUGUUAUGUACCAACUUUCAUAGUCAGCAAUAUUGCACACUCUAUUUCCUUGUUUCAUCCUGCACCCAAAUACAGUUUAUGCUACACGAGCAUAUUUUUUUGCUGCAGCAAGAUGUGAGAAAGUAGGUUGAGGUUAAAUGUCUAACUCAUGUACCUUUUCUUA